AUGCCGGUUCGCAAGGGGCUCCUUGCGCCCCAAAACACCUUCCUCGAUACUAUAGCUACACGCUUUGAUGGCACACACAGCAAUUUCGUGUUGGGUAACGCGCAAGUGCCGUGUUACCCGAUCGUGUAUUGCUCUGAUGGAUUCUGCGAGCUGACAGGUUGGGCUCGGGCGCACAUUAUGCAGAAGGGAUGCGCCUGCAAGUUUCUUCAUGGACCCGACACGAUGGAAGAACAUCGACAUGAAAUAGACACAGCCCUGGAUUCAAAACACGAACUCAAACUGGAACUUAUAUUCUAUAAGAAAAACGGGACCCCUUUCUGGUGCUUACUUGAUAUCGUCCCAAUUAAAAAUGAAAAACGAGAAGUGGUUUUAUUCCUCGCUUCGUUCAAAGAUAUCACCAACACUAAGAUGGCCGCGAUGAACACUAAUGAGGACUUCGACAGCGGAGCCGCGGUGCGGCCUUCGGCAGGAGUGGUCACUCUAGCGUUAUCCCCAUUUGUACCCGCAGCGGCACUUUUAGGCGCCAGGUUCCGAGCUGAAUCUAGUUGCCUACUUCCAGACCCGAAUGGCAAUCUUGACCCCGAAGCGCCCUCACCCGCCAACAUGGGCAGACGGCGCUCCAGGGCAGUUCUUUACCAGCUUUCAGGACAUUAUAAACCAGAUAAAAUGAAGACUAAAUUAAAACUCAACAAUGUUAGUAAGAACCUCCUACACUCAUCUGACCCUCCGCUGCCUGAAUACAAAACGUCAGCUAUAAAAAAGUCAAGAUUUAUUAUAUCACAUUACGGCAUUUUUAAAACCUUCUGGGACUGGUUGAUCCUAAUAGCAACAUUUUAUGUAGCUGUUGUGGUGCCAUAUAACGCGAGUUUUGUUGAUGAAGGUCAUCCAAGGAUAAGUGUAACGAGCGACGUCGUUGUCGAAGCCCUUUUCAUUAUAGAUAUCGUUUUAAAUUUCCGAACAACAUUCGUGAGUAAGAAAGGAGAAGUAGUAUCGGAUUCAAAAGCAAUAGCUCUUAAUUACAUCCGCACUUGGUUUGUCGUUGAUCUUCUUGCCGCGCUUCCGUUUGACCUACUUUAUGCAUCAGACGUAUAUAGCGGGACGGAGUCUACACACGGGAACGUUCAUCUUGUGAAAUUAACUCGACUACUACGUUUGGCUCGUUUGCUUCAAAAAAUGGACCGAUAUUCACAAUAUUCCGCCCUAAUUUUAACUCUUUUAAUGUUAUCCUUCACGCUAGUAGCACAUUGGCUGGCCUGUAUAUGGUUUAUUAUAGCGGAAAAGGAAAUUCAGCAUCAUAGAAAUGAAAGUUGGGAUUUAGGUUGGAUUAACAAUCUGGCUGAACGCCUGAAAGUACCCAUAAUGAACAUAUCCCAUAGCGAGAGCUAUGUUACUGCCCUCUACUUCACUUGUUCGUCAUUAACGAGUGUCGGUUUCGGCAAUGUAUCAGCGAACACCCUACCUGAGAAAAUAUUCAGCAUCCUUACAAUGCUUGUCGGAGCUUUAAUGCAUGCGGUUGUGUUCGGUAAUGUGACUGCAAUUAUACAAAGAAUGUACUCGCGACGAUCUAUGUAUCAAAGCAAAUGGCGUGACCUCAAAGAUUUUCUCACUAUAAACCAAGUUCCUAAAGAACUUAAACAGCGCAUGCAAGACUACUUCCAAACGAUGUGGUCACUCAACCAUGGCAUUGAUAUUCACGAGACCCUCAAAGAAUUCCCUGAGGAAUUACGAGGAGAUGUGUCGUUACAUUUGCAUCGGGAGAUAUUAUCACUUCCAAUAUUUGAAUCCGCGUCUCAGGGCUGCCUGAAACUUCUAUCGUUACAUAUUCGAAACAAUUUUUGCGCUCCCGGAGAAUACCUCGUUCACAAAGGAGAUGCUCUAACUUAUAUACACUAUAUUUGUAACGGUUCGAUGGAAGUUAUGCAAAAUGAUAUGGUUGUCGCUAUACUCGGAAAGGGUGAUUUAGUAGGAUGUGACAUGAAUACUCAUUUACAAGUCCACAAUGGCUCGGGAACAUCGCAAUCUAAUAACCCCGACGUGGUCGUAAAGUCAAGCAGUGAUGUCAAGGCCCUCACAUAUUGCGAUUUAAAAUGUAUCAACAUGGUUGGUCUAGGUGAAGUUUUACGACUUUACCCGGAAUAUCAACAAGAAUUUGUUCAUGAUAUAUUACAUGAUUUGACAUACAAUUUACGAGAAGGCUACGAGGCUGAGCAAGAAGAAGGGAACGGGCAUCCAUCUCUCACUCUACCAUCAAUUUCAGAGGAUGAUGAAAAUGCCGCGGAAGAAAAUGCUCUAUCGCCGAAAAAACCUCUAUUAUCUAGUAGUAGUCCCCGUCAUACAAAAUUCAGAACUGACGGACAACCACGAUUAUCACAUAGGGAAUUGCGAGAAAGAAUCGAAAGGCAGCGGUCAGUGGCUACACCUAAAAUUACUCGAGCCGAUUCUUUGGAGGGAUUAAAUUUAGAAAUGCAUAACACACGCUCUUCAGUUGACAGACUUGACACGCAAGUGUCGAGCUUGCAUCAUGACGUUGCCGCUCUCAGCAUGGAGGUUCGCAACGCAAUACAAGCUCUACAAGAGAUGACAGGACCCGUGUGGCACGCAGCACACUCUAAUCCAAAUUUACAAUGGAACACUCCGCCUAAUCAACUUGCCAGAAGUUGUAGUCACCCACCUGACGUAUUUUGCUGGGAUCAGCAAGAACGCCCUCUCAGUCCUGAACGGCCAAAAAUAAAUCGAAGUACGCAAACCGAACCGUUUCUCCAUUGCGUUACUCAGUACAUACUGGAACAUCCAGCUACUGUCAUGCUUCUGUUAGGAUUAGACCCUAUGGCAAACCUAGCGCCAGUGAUACCACCAGCGGUAGAGUAUUAUGACACGAGAAGCAGAAGACCGAGUGGUCUUGAGCAAAUAAUAGAAUCCGAAAACGGUAGUCAAACACCAUCUAGUUCGGCCAGUGACAAAGGUGAAGCGGCGAAUAGCCCCAUUGGAAGUGAAAAAGAGCUGGACUUGCAGACGGAUAAGGUUCGACCGUUAGAUAAAGACAGAAAUUUAAAUUUAAAAAGGAACAGAUAUUCUGCUAGCGAUAUUUGUGAAGUAUCCGAGCGGUUGCUGCCAUCCAGAGCAUCUCCCAGCACAUAUAGCCUUAAAAAUAAUGAUAAAAGUUAA